CCUAUAUCUCUGCAAAGUGUCUUAAUGGGAAUUCUUCAAAUAAUUCCUCUAGAAUCAAUCCAGUAGCUGUAAAUACAUCACCUGUGUCUCAGGUAAUAUCAUCUAAUAAAUCCAGACUUUUGACUUCUAUUUUACCUGAUGAUCCAGAAAAUAAGCGAAAAUAUAUUAUUAAGCUAAUGCUAGAGUGA